CGGAGCCCGGCGCGCAGCCCCGUGGGCAAUCCCCGCGGGGCCGACACCUGCCGGGCUCCCCCCCCACGCCGUCCCAUUGGUUCCGGGGGCCAGGGGAGGCUCCGCCUCUCCCGCUCCAUUGGGUCCGGUGCGGAACGACCCCGCCCCGCCCGCGCCGCCCCCCGGCCCCAGGUCCAUAUGAACGGGCGCGGCGGGCGCGGCGGUACUGUGGUUCAAGAUGCCGCGCUCUUUCCUGGUGAAGAAGCACUUCUCGGCCAGCAAGAAGCCCAACUACAGCGAGCUGGAGAGCCAGGCCGUGCUGGCCGCCCCUCUGCUGUACGAGACAUGCCCGCUGCCCGUCAUCCCUCCGCCAGAAGUGCUCGGUCCCGGUGCCUACUACCCGCCGCUGGUGUGGGACGCGGGGCUGCUCUCCAGCCUCUUCCCUGGCGGCCCGGGCAGCGAGGGAGCGGGCGGCACGGCCCCUGCCCUGGACCUGACGGCGCUCUCCAGCGAGGAGGAUGAAGGCAAGAGCUCGGGGCCCCCCAGCCCAGCCUCAGCCCCCGCUGCCGCCGAGCGCUUCCGCUGCGCCCAGUGUGCCAAGGCUUACUCCACCUUCGCUGGGCUCUCCAAGCACAAGCAAUUGCACUGCGACGCCCAGGCCAGGAAAUCUUUCAGCUGCAAGUACUGCGAGAAGGAGUACGUGAGCCUGGGGGCUCUCAAGAUGCACAUCCGGAGCCACACGCUGCCCUGCGUCUGCAAGAUGUGCGGCAAGGCCUUCUCCCGGCCCUGGCUCCUGCAGGGCCACAUCCGGACACACACCGGUGAAAAGCCCUUUUCCUGUACACACUGCAACCGGGCCUUUGCUGACCGCUCUAAUCUCCGAGCCCACCUGCAGACCCAUUCAGAUGUAAAGAAGUACCAGUGCAAAACCUGCUCCCGGACUUUCUCCCGUAUGUCUCUGCUCCACAAGCACGAGGAGACGGGCUGCUCGGGCUCUCGCUGAGGACGCUGCUUCCCCAGGCCUCUCUCCACACAAAUCCCUAUAUUAUACCUAGUUUCUGUAGGAGUUAGUUUCCUCCAUCGCCAUCGCAGCGCACACCGAGACCCUCACACUCCUCACUCGGUGCCUCCUGUGCAAUGCGAAGGCCUGAUCCUCCUCCCAUCCUGGCGUCCGAGGGUGCAGGAUUGGACUCCGGAGAUAAGUGUGGGUGCCAAAGAGUUGAAGCUCGAGGGGUGCAGCCCUGAGCCCGAUCCACCGCUGCUGCAGCCCCCAUCAGGUGCCCCUGCUCACCGGGCACCUUGCAGGGCUGGUCCUGCACCCUGGCCCCAGCACUGUGACCAUGUAGCUUGGGGGGGGGGUGGGGGGAGGGCUGCUUUUUGUAUGUUUUUUUACUGUAACCACUCGGUAACUUUUAAGAACCAAUAUUUUUCUAACGAAGGACAGGAUGUGCCGUGUCCCCCAGCCCCCAGUGUAUAUUCGCCGCCUGUAGAAGGUGUAACUAUGCAAUAAUAUAGUAUCCCGGUAGUUGUGAAGCAGCUGCUUCUCCCCAGCACAAUGACAAUUUGCAAUGCCUGCGAGAUUAACAGUGUCCGUAAAAGGCACGGGGUAGCCAUUUCAAACACCAGCCCUGUUUACAGAGCAGCUAUGCACUCAAGCACCUGUUAAUAUGACUCUUAACAACUGCUUUUCAAGAGAACUGUGACUAAUAGCAGGCACUUGUCAGCGAUACAAUGGUGGCCUGUCCCAAGGCUGCCCAUCGACAGGUGUGUGCCAAAAGCCCUAUUUAUGGGUAUUGACAGGUGCCUCCUGAAUGCAUCUUUCUUUGGACAUUGUUUUCAUGGAAUCAUUACAAAGAGGAUGUUUACAUUUCAAAGGUACACUGGUAUUUAUAUAUAUUUUUUUUUGUUUUCUUUGGUGCCACAAUUUUGUACUGAUGAAACUUUUUAUAUAAUUAUAUACAUUUUAUUGAUAUUCAAUAAAACGGUUAAUUUAUAAUA